UCGCAGGGGUCCGAUCUCCUGUGGUUAGAGAAAUAAGAAGCUCCGAAUCUUAAAGAGGCCUUCGGCCGAACGCGAACGACCGAUCACACGAUUUACUGUACCGUCGUACGGAGUUGCGAAUCCUUUCGCGAGAUCGUGAAACGAGCACGCGAAUUAAGAGAAGUGACGAAGUGAAGUGUUAUUUUGAGGUGUUGGACGCGUGCGCGAGGAACGUCGACGAGCGGUCUGGGUGCCCUCCGACCAGCAGUGGGUGAUUGUCGGUGUUCCACGACAGUUAAGUGCAACAUCACAUUAUUAUCGUCGUGGUCAUCAUCGUCUUCGUCGCCAGACGAAGAAGUCAAGAGUUCCAGUAGUGUGUGUAGUGACAGGAACAUGCCGACUAUACGAGACCGUGCAUGACCGACCGCUUCAACAUUGAUAAGGGUGCCUUGGACACCGAGUGAACACGCGAGUUACGAGCACACUCGCACUACGCACGUACGAACGCGUAGAAGUGAGACAGGCAGAGGAAGCUCGUCGCGUGCAAGCGCGCCGAAGGGAUGGCCGAUAGCGAGGGUGGCUCCGAGCAGGACGACGUAUCAUUCCUUCGUACGGAGGAUAUGGUAUGUCUGUCCUGUACCGCGACAGGAGAAAGGGUUUGCCUGGCAGCGGAGGGUUUCGGCAAUCGACACUGCUUCCUCGAGAAUAUUGCGGACAAGAAUAUACCGCCGGAUCUGUCGCAAUGCGUGUUUGUAAUAGAGCAGGCUCUUUCGGUGAGAGCCUUACAGGAAUUAGUCACAGCUGCCGGUUCCGAGACGCAACAAGACAGUUUAGGAAAGGGCACCGGGUCAGGGCACAGGACCUUGUUAUACGGUAACGCAAUAUUGUUGCGACAUCUAAACAGCGAUAUGUAUCUGGCGUGUCUAUCUACAAGUUCAUCGAACGAUAAGCUAGCCUUUGACGUCGGUUUACAAGAACAUUCGCACGGUGAAGCGUGUUGGUGGACCGUGCACCCUGCCUCCAAGCAGAGAUCCGAGGGUGAGAAAGUGCGUGUGGGUGACGAUCUUAUUCUGGUAUCUGUCGCUACCGAGCGAUACUUGCAUACGACGAAAGAAAACGAUUUAUCGGUAGUUAAUGCAUCUUUUCACGUAACCCAUUGGUCGGUACAACCUUAUGGUACCGGUAUCAGCAGAAUGAAAUAUGUUGGCUAUGUUUUUGGAGGCGAUGUAUUGCGCUUUUUUCACGGUGGUGACGAGUGUUUGACGAUUCCAUCGACUUGGAGUCCAGCACCCAGUCAAAAUCUUGUAAUCUACGAAGGCGGUAGCGUAAUGAGUCAAGCGAGAUCGCUAUGGAGAUUAGAGCUUGCCAGGACAAAAUGGGCGGGUGGCUUUAUUAACUGGCUACAUCCUAUGAGAAUCAGGCAUUUGACGACCGGACGUUAUCUCGGCGUAAAGGAGAACAACGAGCUCUAUCUGGUCGAUAGAAAUGAGGCGACGAUCGAAACUUCGACGUUCUGGCUGCGGCAGGAAAAGGACGAUCAGAAGAUUAUUCUCGAAGACAAAGAUCUGGAAGUCAUCGGAUUGCCGAUCAUUAAAUACGGUGACUCUACUGUUAUUAUGCAACAUGCCACCACGUGCCUCUGGGUGUCUUAUAAGUCAUAUGAGACGAAAAAGAAGGGAGUCGGAAAAGUCGAAGAAAAACAGGCGGUACUCCACGAAGAGGGUAAAAUGGACGAUGGUUUAGAUUUUUCUAGAUCUCAAGAAGAAGAAUCUCGUACUGCCCGCGUUAUCAGAAAAUGUAGCAGCUUGUUUACUCAAUUUAUCACUGGCCUAGAAACGUUGCAAGUGAACAGAAGAGCGUCCAUGUUUUUUCAAAACGUAAAUCUUAAUGAGAUGGUAAUGUGUCUUGAAGACUUGAUCAAUUACUUUGCUCAACCCGAGGACGACAUGGAACACGAAGAGAAGCAGAACAAAUUCCGAGCUCUUAGAAACCGUCAAGAUCUCUUUCAAGAGGAAGGCAUAUUAAAUUUAAUUCUCGAAGCUAUUGAUAAAAUUAACGUGAUCACUUCACAAGGAUUUCUCGUCGCUCUUUCCGGUGACGAGAGCGGCCAAGCUUGGGAUCAGAUAUCUGGAUAUCUUUACCAAUUGUUGGCAGCUAUUAUCAAGGGUAAUCAUACCAACUGCGCUCAGUUUGCCAAUAGCAAUCGUCUCAAUUGGUUGUUCAGCCGUCUGGGCUCACAGGCUUCUAGCGAAGGAACUGGAAUGUUGGACGUACUUCAUUGCGUCCUGAUUGAUUCGCCGGAAGCUUUAAAUAUGAUGAGGGACGAGCACAUAAAAGUAAUUAUUUCUUUAUUAGAGAAACACGGCAGAGAUCCGAAGGUUUUGGAUGUUUUAUGUUCACUGUGCGUCGGCAAUGGCGUUGCAGUGCGUUCUUCGCAGAAUAAUAUUUGUGAUUUUUUGUUGCCUGGAAAAAAUCUGCUUCUCCAGACGCAAUUGGUAGAUCAUGUUGCCAGUGUUAGACCAAAUAUAUUCGUCGGCAGAGUCGAGGGUUCGGCUCUUUAUCAAAAGUGGUAUUUCGAAGUAACUGUGGAUCAUAUUGAACAGACGACGCAUAUGAUGCCGCACUUGAGAAUCGGAUGGGCAAAUACCGCUGGCUACAUGCCGUAUCCCGGUGGUGGCGAGAAAUGGGGUGGAAACGGCGUUGGCGAUGACUUGUACUCGUUCGGAUUUGACGGCGCUUAUCUAUGGACUGGUGGCAGGAAGACGCAGGUCGUUCAGAACGCCACAGAGCCUUAUAUCAGAAAGAGCGACGUAAUCGGUUGCGCCUUAGAUUUAACGGUGCCGGUGAUAACGUUCACUUUCAAUGGCAAUCGUAUCAUGGGUUCCUUCCGUAAUUUUAAUUUAGACGGCAUGUUCUUCCCCGUGAUUAGCUGUUCGUCUAAACUCUCCUGCAGAUUUUUGCUGGGCGGCGAUCACGGUAAAUUAAAAUACCAGCCAAUGGAAGAAUUCUCGCCGCUAGUGGAGAGCCUGUUACCGCAGCAGAUCCUAUCGUUAGAUCCGUGCUUCUAUUUCGGCAACAUGAACAAGGUGGUUUUAGCAGGACCAUGGCUGGUCGAGGACGACACCGCCUUCGUUCCGAGCCCGGUCGAUACUUCCAUGGUUAACUUGCCCGCCUAUGUCGAGCAGAUCAGAGAUAAACUCGCAGAGAACAUCCACGAGAUGUGGGCGAUGAAUAAAAUCGAGGCCGGUUGGAUUUAUGGUGAGGUCAGGGACGAUUUAAGAAAAAUACAUCCUUGCAUAGUUCAAUUCGAACGACUGCCAGCCGCGGAAAAGCGCUACGAUACUCAGCUGGCCGUGCAAACUCUGAAGACUAUUUUAGCUCUGGGAUAUUACAUCACAAUGGAUAAGCCACCGUCUCGAAUCAAGACUUUGAGAUUGCCAAACGAACCGUUUCUGCAAAGCAGCGGAUAUAAACCUGCACCUCUUGAUCUGUCAGCGAUCACGUUGACCCCCAAGAUGGAAGAGCUCGUUGACCAACUCGCGGAAAAUACACAUAAUCUCUGGGCGAAAGAGAGAAUCAGUCAAGGGUGGACGUAUGGAUUAAAUGAAGACUCGGAGAUGAGAAGAAGUCCUCACUUGGUACCAUAUCUGAAGGUCGAUGAAGCUAUCAAAAAAGCUAAUCGAGAUACAGCCAGCGAAACCGUCAGAACUUUGUUAGUCUAUGGAUACAUGCUUGAUCCACCCACUGGAGAACAGCAUGAGGCAUUGCUUUUGGAGGCCAGCAGAUUACGACAACUAUCCUUCAGAACUUACAGAGUCGAAAAGCAUUACGCUGUCAGCAGCGGAAAAUGGUAUUUCGAGUUUGAAGUUCUCACAGCUGGACCGAUGCGCGUCGGUUGGGCAAAGGCCGAUUGUAUGCCGGGAAGUAUGCUCGGCAGUGACGAAAGUACUUGGGCAUUCGAUGGUUACAACGUGACUAAAGUACACGCUGGCACCCACGAGUCAUUUGGUCACAAAUAUCAAGUGGGCGACAUAGUCGGAUGUUUCAUUGACGUGGCAGACCGAACGAUCAGCUUCUCCUUGAAUGGAGAACUGCUGAUGGAUGCACUCGGUGGCGAAACUUCUUUCGCCGAUGUGCAAGGCGACUCUUUCGUGCCCGCUUUCACUCUUGGCGUCGGACAAAAGGCAAGAUUAACAUUCGGCCAAGAUGUGAAUACUCUAAAGUUUUUCACUACCUGCGGUUUACAAGAGGGCUAUGAACCGUUCUGCGUAAACAUGAAUCGUCUAGUCACAUAUUGGUAUACGAAAGAUCAACCUAUCUUCGAGAACACCGACGACAUGGCCGAUACUCGAAUCGACGUGGCUAGAAUACCAGCUGGUUCUGACACACCGCCGUGUCUAAAAAUCUCUCACAACACAUUCGAAACUAUGGAAAAAGCUAACUGGGAAUUUCUCAGAUUAUCGCUGCCUGUGAUUUGUCAAUCCAACUUUAUAACGGAGGGUGAGAAAUUACGUAGGUGGCAGGAGAUCAAAAUGCGACAGAAUAAACUUUUAGCCGAGCAAGUCGAACAAGGACAACAAGCCGCACCGUCGGCUCACUUGGAGCAAAUUAUGAAAUCUGGCUUCAGUAUGAGCGAUAUCAAAGGUUUGCAAAGAAAUUACUCGGAGGAUGCAGCCGAGGCGGAUGAGAUGCUGAAGGAAUCGCCGCUUCCUAUGCAAAGAGGCAAACCUUCUAGGCCGCCUAGGAAAGGUUCUCUUUAUGGAUCGCGUACUUUAGACAAUAUGGUCAGCGAAGCUGAAAUGAAUGGAUAUGGCGAGAUGAACGGUGACAUAAAGGACGAGAAGAAGAAACGUGGUCGUUCACCUUUUCGGUUCUUCUCGCGCAAAGCGAAAUCUCCGGAUGCAAAAGCAAAAACACCUGAGCCGCAAGUUCGUUCGGAUGUCUCUGAUAAAAGUACGAAAACAAUCGGAAGUAAAAGUGCCAAAGCUCCUCAAAUUCGUGUUUCAACCACGGACUUGAAAGUCGUGCCGCCUCAAAUUCCGGAACGUAACGUCCCCAAAGCAAUGUCUGUGUUAACCGGAAGCGGCGUCGAAGCGAUCGGCAAUGAAAUCUUCGAUGCUGAAUGCAUGAAACUAAUGAACGAAUAUUUCUAUGGCGUGAGGAUAUUUCCUGGUCAGGAUCCGACUCAUGUUUACAUUGGCUGGGUUACAUCUCAGUAUCAUUUGCAUACAAAAGACUUUAAUUUGUCUCGCGUGAGAAAAUCUUCCGUUGCCAUCAUGGAUGAGUACGACCGUCUUGUAGAGCAAGUCGACAGACAAAGCUGUUACAUGGUUCGAGCGGACGAAUUGUACAACGAAGUCACACAAGAUGCAUCCGGCAAAGGCGCGUCUCAAGGUAUGUUCGUCGGCUGUUUCGUUGAUACCGCCACAGGCUGGGUGUCCUUCACCUGCGAAGGCAAGGAAACGAGUCACAAGUUCAAGAUGGAGCCGGACACGAAAUUGUUCCCGGCGAUCUUCGUCGAAGCUACCAGCAAAGAGAUCCUGCAGAUCGAGCUCGGCAGGACUUCGACGACACUUCCGCUCUCGGCCGCGGUGCUGCAGAAUUCCGAACGACACGUGAUACCGCAAUUCCCGCCUAGAUUAAAGGUGCAAUGUUUAAAACCACACCAAUGGGCUAGAGUGCCAAAUCAAUCACUCCAAGUACACGCCCUAAAACUGUCCGACAUCAGAGGCUGGUCGAUGCUAUGCGAGGACGCUAUCUCGAUGCUGGCUCUUCAUAUACCCGAAGAGGACAGAUGUAUCGAUAUUCUGGAGCUUGUCGAAAUGGAUAAAUUGCUGAGUUUUCACGCGCAUACAUUGACGUUGUAUGCAGCUCUAUGUUAUCAGUCUAAUUAUCGAGCUGCACAUGCAUUGUGCCAACAUGUUGACCAGAAACAAUUAUUGUAUGCGAUACGAGCCGAAUAUAUGUCCGGACCCCUGCGACAAGGGUUUUACGAUUUACUUAUUGCCUUGCAUCUCGAAUCACACGCGACAACGAUGGAAGUGUGCAAGAACGAAUACAUAAUUCCGCUUGGUUCAGAACUGAAGGAUUUAUACGAAAACCCCGAGAUGAAACAUAGUCUCAGAUAUCUGGAGACCGAAUCCAUUCGACCACAAAUGAAGAUGACAGAGAUCAGGAAUGUUCCUUCUAGUGAUCAAGCGAUUGAGAACAUAAAGAUGCUGUACAGUCCGCAUUUUCCGCUCGAUGUCGUGCGAGAUUACGUGAUGAUGGCGCUUAACGAGGCUGUCGAAAUUAAUCAAGUGCACAACCGAGAUCCAAUUGGAGGCAGCAACGAAAAUCUCUUUUUACCUCUUCUGAAGCUGGUAGAUAGAUUACUUUUGGUGGGCAUGCUGAGGAACGAGGAUAUAAUCAAGUUGCUCAUCAUGAUAAAUCCUGAGACUUGGGACCCAACUUUCGAUAAAGAAGGUAAAGAUGAGCACAAGAAAGGAUUGUUACAUAUGAAAAUGGCCGAGGGAGCGAAGCUACAAAUGUGUUAUCUACUUCAUCAUUUAAACGAUAUUCAAUUGCGCCAUCGUGUAGAAUCUAUUAUCGCCUUCGCCUUUGACUUUGUCGGAGAAUUGCAGGCAGAUCAGUUACGACGUUACAUCGAAAUCAAGCAAUCGGAUUUACCAUCAGCUGUCGCUGCUAAGAAGACUAGAGAAUUUAGAUGUCCUCCGCGCGAACAGAUGAAUGCCAUUUUGAGCUUCAAAAAUUUAGACUCUGAGGAAGAUCCGGAGAAUUGUCCUUGUGGCGAAGAUCUCGUUGUGAAGAUGAAUGAAUUUCACAGUGAAUUGAUGUCCUACGUGUCUUUGACUGCUCUUCAAGAAGCAGCCAAUGCCGCCAACGAGCCAGCUGACGAAGUUCAAAAACCUGGUGCCAUAAAACGCCUCUUCAACUUUAUCAACGCUGUCAAAGAAUUCGAGGAAGAACCUAAAGCUGAACCCGAACCUGAGAAAAAAACUCCCGAAGAGGUAUUUCGCAAGGUGUUGAUAUCGACCAUCGUGAGUUGGGCCGAGGAAUCACAAAUCGAGACGCCGAAACUUGUGCGAGAAAUGUUUAGCUUAUUAGUCAGACAGUAUGAUACAGUCGGCGAAUUAAUCAGAGCCUUGGAGAAAACUUACGUCGUUAAUAACAAAACCAAGGACGAUGUUGCGCUAAUGUGGGUCGGCUUAAGUCAGAUUCGCGCCUUGCUGCCGGUGCAAAUGUCUCAAGAAGAAGAGGCUUUAGUACGAGAGAGAUUGUGGAAAUUGGUGAAUAAUCACACAUUCUUCCAGCAUCCCGAUCUCAUUAGAGUGCUGAGAAUUCACGAGAAUGUGAUGGCUAUUAUGAUGAACACCUUGGGAAGACGCGCUCAGGCUCAAUCCGACGCUCAAACCCAAGCUCAAGCAACUGAGGGAGAACCGGCAUCAAAAGAGAAGGAUACUUCUCACGAGAUGGUCGUGGCCUGCUGCAGAUUUUUGUGUUAUUUCUGUCGUACAUCCAGACAGAAUCAGAAAGCUAUGUUCGAUCACUUUGAUUUUCUGCUAGAGAAUAGCAACAUCUUGUUAGCUAGACCAUCGCUGCGAGGAUCAACGCCUUUAGACGUGGCUUAUUCGUCGCUAAUGGAAAACACCGAGUUAGCUCUGGCUUUAAGAGAACAUUAUCUAGAAAAGAUCGCUAUUUAUUUGUCACGGUGCGGCCUGCAGUCUAAUUCGGAAUUAGUGGAGAAAGGCUAUCCUGACCUGGGUUGGGAUCCUGUCGAGGGUGAACGUUACCUUGAUUUCUUGAGAUUCUGUGUGUGGGUCAAUGGUGAAAGCGUUGAGGAAAAUGCAAAUUUGGUAAUCCGUCUGCUAAUCAGAAGACCAGAAUGUUUAGGUCCAGCUCUUCGAGGCGAAGGUGAAGGUCUGUUAAGAGCCAUCAUAGAAGCUAACAAGAUGUCUGAACGCAUUGCCGAUAGACGAAAAUAUCUCGCACAGGUACACGAUGAAGCUGAAGGCUCAGCUGUAAUAAUACAAUUCGAGCAUCCGCUACCGGAAUCAGAUGACGACGAAGACUAUAUAGACACAGGCGCGGCGAUCCUAAAUUUCUAUUGUACCCUCGUCGAUCUAUUAGGCCGCUGUGCUCCAGAUUCUUCUGUCAUAGAACAAGGAAAGAACGAAUCUCUGCGAGCCCGGGCAAUCUUGAGAUCGUUAGUACCCUUGGACGAUCUUCAGGGUGUACUCUCCCUGCGAUUCACAUUACUAAAUCCCGCUGCCGGCGAAGAACGACCGAAAAGCGAUACGCCGUCUGGUUUGAUACCAGGACAUAAACAAAGCGUUGUUUUAUUCUUAGAACGCGUUUACGGUAUCGAAACGCAAGAAUUAUUCUAUAAACUUUUGGAAGAAGCAUUUUUACCAGAUCUUCGCGCCGCUACUAUGCUCGACAGAAAUGACGGAUAUGAAUCGGACAUGGCACUUGCUAUGAAUCGUUAUAUAGGAAAUAGCAUUCUGCCGCUGCUAAUUAAGCACUCGAAAUUUUACAAUGAAGCGGAUAACUACGCGAGUUUACUCGAUGCUACGUUGCACACGGUCUAUCGACUCAGUAAGAAUCGAAUGCUGACGAAAGGACAGAGAGAAGCUGUUUCGGACUUUCUCGUCGCAUUGACUAGUCAGAUGCAGCCGAGUAUGUUACUGAAAUUAUUGCGAAAACUGACAGUCGAUGUGUCAAAAUUGUCGGAAUACACUACUGUUGCUCUCAGAUUAUUAACGUUGCAUUAUGAUCGUUGCGCGAAAUAUUACGGCUCUACCGGCUCGGGUGGUCAAGGCACAUACGGCGCAUCAAGCGACGAAGAGAAACGCCUCACGAUGGUACUCUUCAGCAAUAUUUUCGAUUCUUUGUCAAAGAUGGAUUACGAUCCAGAGCUCUUCGGAAAAGCUCUACCAUGCUUGACGGCUAUCGGUUGCGCCUUGCCACCAGAUUAUUCUCUGUCGAAGAAUUAUGACGACGAGUGGUACGGCAGCAAGUCGGCCUCCACCCAAUCACCUGAUGGACCUUACAAUCCGCAACCGAUCAAUACGUCUAGCAUCGUGCUUAAUAACGAUCUUAAUCAGAUAGUAGUAAAGUUCUCCGAGCAUUAUCACGACGCUUGGGCGAGUCGUAAAUUAGAGAACGGUUGGACUUAUGGCGAUCAAUGGUCAGAUGUGAAUAAAACGCAUCCAAGAUUAAAACCGUACAAUAUGUUGAGCGAUUACGAACGAGAACGAUAUAAGGAACCUGUUAGAGAGAGCUUGAAAGCUCUUCUGGCGAUCGGUUGGAGCGUAGAACACGCGGAGGUCGAUGUUCCAUCGACUAAUCGCAGUUCUAUGAGAAGAUCUUCCAAAAGUCAAGGCGAUUCGGCGAGUCCGUUUAAUUAUAAUCCUCAUCCGGUGGACAUGACUAAUUUGACGCUAAGCAGAGAAAUGCAAAAUAUGGCCGAACGUUUAGCGGAUAAUGCUCACGAUAUUUGGGCGAAGAAGAAGAAAGAAGAACUCAUUACUUGUGGAGGCGGCAUUCACCCUCAAUUAGUACCUUACGAUCUACUGACUGAUAAAGAGAAACGAAAAGAUCGCGAGCGAUCGCAAGAAUUUCUCAAAUACCUGCAGUAUCAAGGAUACAAGCUUCACAAACCUAAUCGUGGCGGCACCGAAACCGAAGUGGCUGGCGCCGCUGCUGCGGUAGAAUUGAGAUUCGCUUAUUCGCUGUUGGAGAAGCUAAUAGCUUAUUUAGACAAGGCAACGAUCAAUAUGAAGCUCCUAAAACCUUCUGACACGUUUAGUCGAAGAAAUAGUUUCAAAACCUCCACAAGAGACAUUAAAUUUUUCAGCAAAGUAGUUCUGCCGCUGAUGGAGAAAUAUUUCAGUACGCAUAGAAAUUAUUUCAUCGCCGUAGCUACCGCCACGAACAACGUCGGCGCGGCGUCCUUAAAGGAGAAGGAGAUGGUGGCCGCUCUCUUCUGCAAAUUAGCGAGUCUGCUGAGAUCGAGACUCGCCGCCUUCGGUGCGGAUGUGAGGAUAACAGUUCGUUGUCUACAAGUGCUCGUAAAAGGUAUAGAUGCCAAGAGCCUUGUGAAAAACUGUCCAGAGUUUAUUAGAACGUCCAUGUUAACUUUCUUCAACAACACCGCCGACGAUUUGGGCCAUACGAUUCUGAAUCUUCAAGAGGGGAAGUACAGUCAUCUUAGAGGCACUCAUUUAAAAACCUCCACAUCAUUAUCGUACAUUAAUAGCGUGGUUCUACCAGUGCUUACUGCAAUGUUCGAUCAUCUUGCCGCGUGCGAGUAUGGUAGCGAUUUGUUACUUGACGAAAUUCAGGUAGCAUCGUACAAAAUGCUGGCGUCGCUAUUUACUCUCGGAACAGAUGCUAGUUUGACACACGACCGAAAGUACCUGAAGACUGAGAUCGAGCGAAACAAACCGAAUCUGGGUUCCUGUCUGGGUGCCUUCUCGAGUUGCUUCCCAGUAGCCUUCUUAGAACCGCACUUAAAUAAGCACAAUCAGUAUUCUCUUUUGAAUCGAAUAGCAGAUCAUUCUCUGGAAGCUCAAGACAUCAUGACAAAGAUGGAAUCAAGUAUGCCGACCUUGGAGACGAUUCUCAACGAAGUGGAUCAGUUUGUCGAAUCUGACAAGACUUACAACGACGCUCCUCACAUCGUCGACGUAAUUCUACCUUUAUUAUGCUCCUAUCUGCCCUUCUGGUGGGCCCAAGGGCCCGACAACGUAAAUCCAACUGAAGGUGCCUAUGUCAGUAUGAUCACUAGCGAUCAUAUGAAUCAAUUACUGAAGAACGUGCUGAAGCUAAUCAAAAAGAAUAUCGGCAAUGAAAACGCGCCGUGGAUGACGCGUAUCGCUGCCUAUACACAGCAAAUCAUCAUCAAUUCUUCUGAAGAAUUACUGAAGGACCCGUUCUUGCCUCUUGCCGAACGUGUCAGGAAACGAACGGAUACCAUGUACCAUAAAGAAGAGUCUCUUCGUGGUUUCAUUAAAUCGUCGACCGACGAUACAUCGCAAGUCGAGGCACAGAUACAAGAAGAUUGGCAGCUAUUGGUUCGCGAUAUCUAUUCAUUCUAUCCUCUGUUGAUAAAAUACGUCGAUCUACAGAGGAAUCAUUGGUUGAGAAACAAUAUUCCUGAAGCCGAGGAUCUAUAUAAUCACGUAGCAGCUAUAUUUAACAUCUGGUCCAAGUCGCAAUAUUUCUUGCGUGAGGAACAAAAUUUUAUAUCUACGAACGAGAUCGAUAACAUGGUGCUCAUCAUGCCUACUGCAACCAGAAGACCUGCUGCAGUAACCGAUGGCACCACGCCUUCCGGAGGAGGCAAGAAAAAGAAGAAACAUCGUGACAAAAAGAGGGACAAGGACAAGGAAGUGCAAGCAUCCUUGAUGGUAGCGUGUCUAAAGCGAUUGCUACCUGUCGGCUUGAAUCUGUUUGCCGGUCGCGAACAGGAGCUGGUACAGCAUUGCAAAGACAGAUUCUUAAAGAAAAUGCAGGAAUAUGAGAUCGCGGAAUUCGCUAAGACACAACUGACAUUGCCGGAUAAAAUCGAUCCCGCCGACGAGAUGUCCUGGCAGCAUUAUUUAUAUUCUAAAUUGGGCCAGAAGAAAGAUGCAACGGAAUCUGUCAAGGCUCAACAAUUGGAGGAUGUCGUCGCUAGAAUUACCGAUAUGGCGAAAGUUUUAUACGGUUUACAUAUGAUUGAUCAUCCACAACAGCAGAGCAAGAGUCAAUAUCGAUCCGUGGUGUCGAUCCAACGUAAACGAGCGGUAAUCGCUUGCUUCCGCCAAACUUCCCUACAUUCCUUGCCCAGGCACCGCGCAAUAAACAUUUUUGCGCGAACGUAUUAUGAGCUAUGGCUACAAGAAGAAAAUGUAGGCCAAGAAGUAAUGAUCGAGGACCUUACGCAAUCAUUCGAAGAUGCUGAAUUGAACAAAAUGGAUAAGGCUGAGGACGAAGGCAAGCCAGAUCCAUUGACACAGUUAGUGACAACAUUCUGUCGCGGUGCAAUGACUGAACGAUCAGGUGCGCUUCAAGAGGAUCCGCUUUAUAUGAGUUACGCACAUAUUAUUUCCAAAUCUUGCGGAGAGGAAGAGGAAGAAGGUGAAGAAGAAGGCGAUGGCGGCGGCGGCGGCGGUGAAGAAGAAGGUCAAGCUUCGAUCCAUGAGCAAGAAAUGGAAAAACAGAAGCUCUUGUUCCAUCAAGCUCGCCUAGCGAAUCGCGGCGUCGCGGAGAUGGUACUCUUACACAUAUCAGCGUGCAAGGGUGUUCCUAGUGAGAUGGUAAUAAAAACUCUGGAACUUGGAAUUUCGAUUCUGCGUGGCGGCAAUAUCGAAAUUCAGCGAGGAAUGUUGAAUCACCUCAAAGAGAAAAAGGAUGUCGGUUUCUUCACAUCCAUCGCGGGUCUAAUGAACUCUUGCAGCGUAUUGGAUUUGGACGCUUUUGAGAGGAACACGAAAGCUGAAGGACUCGGUGUCGGUUCUGAAGGUGCAGCCGGCGAAAAAAAUAUGCACGAUGCUGAAUUUACUUGUGCCCUAUUCCGGUUUAUCCAACUCACUUGCGAAGGUCAUAAUCUCGAUUGGCAAAACUAUCUCAGAACACAGGCUGGUAAUACAACGACAGUAAAUGUAGUCAUUUGUACCGUCGAUUACUUGCUGCGACUGCAGGAAUCGAUCAUGGAUUUCUACUGGCAUUAUUCGAGCAAGGAACUUAUCGAUCCUGCCGGCAAAGCGAAUUUCUUCAAGGCUAUUGGUGUCGCGAGUCAAGUUUUUAACACACUCACAGAAGUUAUUCAAGGUCCAUGCGCGCAAAAUCAACAGGCUUUAGCGCAUUCUAGAUUGUGGGACGCGGUCGGAGGUUUUCUUUUCUUAUUCUCGCACAUGCAGGAUAAGUUAUCAAAACAUUCUAGUCAAGUAGAUCUUCUCAAGGAAUUAUUGAACUUGCAAAAGGACAUGAUUACUAUGAUGCUUUCUAUGCUUGAAGGCAAUGUGGUGAACGGAACAAUUGGAAAACAGAUGGUAGAUACCUUAGUUGAAUCGGCAAGUAACGUGGAACUGAUUUUGAAAUACUUUGAUAUGUUCUUAAAACUGAAAGAUCUGGUAUCAUCGCCAAGUUUCUUGGAAGUUGAUCUUAACAAUGAUGGUUGGGUAUAUCCUAAGGAUUUCAAGGAAAAAAUGGAGCAGCAGAAGAGUUAUACCAACGAAGAGAUCGAAUUUCUUCUGGCCUGUUGCGAGACGAAUCAUGACGGCAAGAUCGAUUACGUCGCUUUUAUGGACCGUUUCCACGAACCGGCGAAAGAAAUCGGUUUUAAUCUUGCCGUAUUGCUUACCAAUCUAUCCGAGCAUAUGCCUAACGAGCCGAGAUUAGCCAGAUUUCUCGAGACAGCUGGUUCUGUCUUGAAUUACUUCGAGCCGUUCUUAGGCAGAAUUGAGAUUCUCGGUGGCAAUAAAAAGAUCGAGCGUGUGUACUUCGAGAUCAAGGAAUCAAACAUCGAACAGUGGGAGAAACCGCAGAUCAAAGAAUCAAAGAGAAUUUACUUUUACAAUACAGUGGUCGAGGCUGGUGAAAAGGAAAAACUCGAGACUUUUAUCAAUUUCUGUGAGGACGCCAUUUUCGAGAUGCAGCAUGCGAGCGCGUUAAUGACUGUUGAGGAGAGCGGUGGCAUCGGCAAAGCAAGAGAGUCCUCGUACACGUACAUGACCGAGGACGAUGAAGAAAGAAAUAAAGAUCCGAUCAGACGAAGCAUACAAGCCUUCAAAGACGGCAUCUACUAUUUCUUCUAUAUGUUCUCGCCGACCAAUAUCAAAAACAAGAUUGCCGAGAUGCAGCAGAUGACGAUUCCCGAACUCUUUAUCGGCUUUUUCAAAAUGAUUUUCUACGCGUUCUAUUAUUCCGGUUUUGGCGUCGGCUGUGUAAUCAAAUACUUUAUGAGCCUUUUAUUGACGCUAAUGAGAGGACCACGAUUAGAGGAGCCUGUUGUCAUCAAGGAGGAGGAGGAGAAACCGUUGAGACAUUUACCCGCUUUGCCACCAACACCGGAUGAAUCGAAUCUACAGGUGCAAGCCUUCGGAAUGGACAUAACGAAAGAGGAAGGAGGACAAAUAAAAAUAGCGCCGCAUGAAUCGAGCACUUCUACACCGCAAUCUAGUAUCGAAGAAACUGGCGAAAGUACACCUGACGAAGGUACCGGUGAGGAGGGAGCGACAGUUGAAGGAGGAGAGAGCGAAGCACCUGUCAGUUUAGCUGAUUUGCUUGGUGGCGAACAAGCCAGGGCGCAAGCUGCCGCAGCGGCCGAAGCAGCGGCGGCUCAACAAGCAGCCAUGGCAGCGGUUGAAGCCGAAGCGAAACAAGAAAUCUCAGCCGAACCUUCUACAGGAUCGAGUAUCGAUUUGUCCGAGUACAGUCACCGCGUGGUCUCUUUCCUAGCCAGAAAUUUCUACAAUUUGAAAUAUGUUGCGUUGGCCCUCGCCUUCUGCAUCAAUUUUAUGCUGCUCUUUUACAAGGUUUCGUCUUUGACUAACGACUUGGAUGAAGAAGGUAGUGGUAAAAUAGCGGAUAUAUUGGCAGAAAUGUCGGGCGAGGGUCCAUCGGGUUUAGCAGGUAGCGGCGUUGAAAUGGGCAGCGGUAGCGGUGAAGAUGAAUCGGAAGAGGAUGACGAAGAGGCUAACGAAUUUGUGGAAGUGGAUUAUUACUACAUGGCUCACAUCAUGCGACUAUUGGCCGCUUUUCAUUCUCUCGUUUCGCUCGCCAUGCUGGUUGCAUAUUAUCACUUGAAGGUUCCAUUAGCUAUUUUCAAACGAGAAAAGGAAAUUGCACGACGAGUAGAAUUCGAUGGAUUGUAUAUAGCCGAGACGCCAGAAGAGGAUGACAUUAAAGCGCAUUGGGAUAAAAUGGUAAUAUCAGCGAAAACUUUCCCUGUAAAUUAUUGGGACAAGUUUGUAAAAAAGAAGGUCCGGCAAAAAUAUAGCGAAACGUACGAUUUCGAUUACAUCAGCAAUUUGCUCGGAAUGGAAAAGACUUCUUUCAGCCAACAGGAAGACGAAGGAUCCGGUUUGAUACAUUUCAUUAUAAACAUCGAUUGGAGAUAUCAAAUUUGGAAGGCCGGUGUCACCAUUACAGAUAACGCGUUUUUGUAUAGUUUGUGGUACUUCACAUUUUCGAUCCUCGGAAACUACAAUAAUUUCUUUUUCGCCGCUCAUUUAUUAGACGUCGCGGUCGGUUUCAAAACUCUGAGAACGAUCUUACAAUCAGUAACGCAUAAUGGCAAGCAAUUGGUUUUGACAGUGAUGCUGCUGACAAUCGUAGUAUACAUCUACACCGUGAUAGCUUUCAAUUUCUUUAGAAAAUUCUAUAUACAAGAGGAAGAUGACGAAACGGACAAAAAAUGUCACCAUAUGUUAACGUGCUUCGUUUUCCAUUUGUACAAAGGCGUAAGGGCUGGCGGUGGCAUAGGUGACGAGAUCGGGGAACCCGACGGCGACGAUUACGAGGUUUAUCGUAUAAUGUUCGAUAUCACAUUCUUCUUCUUCGUAAUCGUCAUUCUAUUAGCUAUCAUUCAAGGUUUGAUUAUCGACGCAUUCGGCGAGCUUCGUGAUCAGCUCGAGAACGUGAAGACAAAUAUGGAGAGUAAUUGCUUUAUAUGUGGCUUAGGGAAGGAAUAUUUCGACGCGGUGCCGCACGGGUUUGAUACUCACGUUCAGCAGGAGCAUAAUUUAGCGAAUUAUAUGUUCUUCCUCAUGCACUUGAUUAACAAACCGGACACCGAAUACACCGGUCAGGAGACCUACGUGUGGAAUAUGUAUCAACAAAGAUGUUGGGACUUCUUCCCGGUCGGUGAUUGCUUCCGCAAGCAGAACGAGACCGUAGAGGAGGAGGCCAAGAAGAAGUAAUCUAGUUUUUAAUUAAGAGGUGACCAAUCGAUUGACCAAUCGACCUCUCAUUUGUCAAAGAGGACUUCUCUUCUCGAACAAUGUCUUCGAUUAUUUUUAGCGUCAAUUUUUGCUCAUCGGACGAGAAUGUAAAGUCCGUUCACAAAAUCAAAUUUUUAAAAUUCUUCGUCUUACCUCAUAUCGAUGCGCGAGGAGAGAUUUUACGUUGUAAAAACUUGUGCCCUACCCCCUCCCCCAUUUUCCACUUGACAAAUUAUUGUUAUUCCAACUAACUAAUAGAUUGAGUCUCUCACGUGUGAGUCUAGAGCAUUAAUUAUGUACUGCGUGUAAUAAAAAUGUCUAGAGAAUUUCGCGCUUGACAUCGCAUCGUGCGCGAUAUAAAAUUGAAAAUAUUUUUCCAACUUUGUAAAGAUAACUCGAGUAUGGUAUCACCGAGAUAAUCUCCUCUUUUAGAUAAUCGAUCAAUCAAAGGUUGACAAAAGCUCGAUUUCCUUCGAUCGACGAUGCAUUAUUGUUGAACCGGCGAAACCGACUGCACAAAUUUACAUAUUCCUAGCGCUACAAUUGCCUUCUUUUCAUACGUCGAAUCUAUGAUCUAUACUUGUGCACAAUUGAUGCGUUGUAUCGGAGCGAUAACAAAUUUGAAAUAUAUGACGUAGUUUAAGUAAGUUGAGGAUAUUCAAAGUUUAUAUAAUGUGCAAAUUUCUCUUUGAUUGCUAUAAGAAUGAAAACUUUUUGGACAUAAUUUAUGACUGAGCUCACAGUAUAUAUAUCCAGAAAAAUGUCAAUAUAUUGUAAAUAAAACUUUACGGCAGGAUUAUCUGGUAAUAAAUAAAGACAUACUUCUUUA